AUGGGGGCACGACGUAACGCGAGGAUCUUCCUCGGAGGUUGCGAGGCGAUCGCUUUCGCUCUGGUGUUCAUCGCUACGUUCUUGAUGUGCCAUCUCGCGGGGGUUGUGAGCUCGGCGGAGCUCGGUUCGGACGGACACGGGGCGGCGAUUGAAGCGGUCAGAGAUGAUGGAACCCCCCGACGGCCAUCGUUCGCCACCGGGCGCGCGCUGCAGCACCUUCAGCUGGACACAACGUGCGCUCCGGGCACGGCCGUGACACACGAAGAGGGCGCGGGGACGUGCGUGAACUGCCCCGCGGGCCACUACACCAGCGGGCGGAAACCCGUGUGCAGGCUCCUGGACCUCAACAACUGGCAGUGCUCGUCCUACUUCAACCCGACCACGUUCCAGACCAAGUACGGAUUCAGCGACGUCGUGGGCGUCGAGUGCGACUUUGGAACGGCGAAGACCGCCUACACCCUCUUCGAGAAAUCCACGGCGACGUGCUCGUUCGCGGACGUGGCGUUCAGCGACUGCACGGGCAGCGCCGCGAUCGAUAACUUGGACGCGGUGACGUUCAGGUUGAGCUGCGACAUCGACGCCGGCGACAUCGUGUUCCAGACGUGCCGCGAUAACCUGGUGGGCGCGGGUUCGCGGGUGGCGUGCACGUGGGAGGGCGGGCUCGAGAACUGCACCGCGUGUCCCCCGGGCACCUUCUGCGAGGGGACGAACACGAUAGACCCGCCGCCGUGUCCCCACGGUCACGCGUGCGACGGCGCCAGUAAAACCGCGUGCGUCGCCGGUACGUAUUCAACCGGCGGACUGGCGACGUGUCUCAACUGCCCGAACGGCAGCACGUGCCCGAAUCAGGGAUGGGGGGAACCGAGCAAGUGCCCGGCCAAGUACUACUCCGGCGCGGGCGCGACGCAGUGCGAGGAGUGCUGGGCGGGGCACGCGUGUCCCACGGAGGCGACGGAGUGGCCGAUGCAGUGCCCGAAGGGGUACUACGCGUUGCCGUUAUCGGACCAGUGCUCGUCGUGCGCGCCGGGUAACUCGUCCCACGCGGGUUCGUCGGAGUGUUACGUGUGCCCCGCCGGCACGUCGUGUCCCACCCAGGCCACGCCCGACCCGAACAUCUGCGCGGCGGGGUAUAAAUCCCUGGCGGGCGCGACGACGUGCACCCCGUGCGGGCUCGGUCAGUAUCAGCCCGCCGCUCAGUCGAGCUCGUGUCUGGAGUGUCCCGCGGGGGUGCGAUGCCCGCAGCAGGCGAUCAGCAGCGUUCAGAACUUGGGGUGCCCCAUGGGCACGUACAGCAGGUACGACCUGAAGUCCACCGCGUUCGACCUCCCCUACGACCACGAGGACGUCGCCAGGUUCCCUUCCUUGGCCGCGACGGGGGACACGGUUUGCCGGCAGUGCCCCAACGGGUACACGUGCCCGGACCCGGCCACGGCGCCGGUGCUGUGCCCGGCGGGGACCACGCGCAUAGGGACCAACUACUCGCACUGCUCCCAGUGCCCGGCGGGGUACUCGUGCGCCACCCCGAACGUCCCGCCGGCGGAAUGCGCCGAUGGAUACUACGCAAUCGGAUCGCAGGCGGAGUGCACGGCGUGCUCGCCGGGGUUCCAGUGCCCGAUGAAGGACGUCGCGCUGCAGAUGCGGUGCAGCUCAGGCACGUUCUCCGCGGCGGGCGCGGCGAACUGCACGGCGUGUCCCGCGGGAAGGGCGUGCCCGGAGCAGGACGGCUCGGGGAUAUACGACUGCGCGCCUGGGACCUUCGCGCUGGCGGGUCAGGUGCAGUGCACGCCGUGUCCACCGGGAUUUCAGUGCCCGGACGUCACCAACCCCGCGUCGAUGGCGUUGUGCCCCAAAGGGACGUACUCGACGGGUUCCAAGGCCAAGUGCGACGACUGCGCGAAGGGUUCCUACAACCCGUUGAACGGAUCGACAACCGCGAACGCGUGUGUCGCGUGCGGGAAGGGGUACUACAGUAACUUCACCGCCGCGGUGAGCAAAACCACCUGUUCGCCCUGCCCCGCCGACACGUACUGUCCCCUCGCGAGCAACGACCUGCCCACCGCGUGCCCAGCCGGACUGAGCACGUUCGGCAGGCUGGCGAGAACGUCCGCGGACGACUGCACGAUGCCGCCGCCGCCGCCGCCGCCGCCGAACCCCCCGCCGCUGCCCUCGAGCCCGCCGCCGCCGCCGCUGCCGCCGGCGCUCGCGGCGACGAUGGACGUACCCCCGCUCACCAUCAGGGUGGACGGGACCGUCGCGACGUUCAACUCCACGUUGUUCAAGAUUGGCGUCGCGAGCGCCGUGGGGAACGGCGCCACCGCGGAUGAGGUGAUGAUCAAGAGCCUCAGGUCUGGCAGCGUUUUAGUCGACUUUUACGUCGCGACGCCCGCGAUGUUUCCGGUGGCGCUCGGCGGGGGCUGGGACGUCGCCGAGGUGGAGAGGCAGAUUGCGUCGAUCGACGCGGCGAUCGCGGGAGGUGCGUUAUCCGUGGGUGCGACGGUGCUGUCCUCGGCGGUCGAAUCGAGCUGUCCCGCGGGUACGUUCGUCUCGAAGACAGUCGCGGGGGGGUCCAAGGUGUGCCAGCUCUGCCCCACGGGUCACUACAGCGGAACCGUCAACUCGGCGUCUUGCACCGCGUGCGCCGUGGGAUACGCCGCGGGCUCGCGAGGCAUGGACACCUGCGAUAUAUGCGUCGCGGGUACGUACGCGGCUCUCGAGGCGACGCCGGUGUGCGCGAAGUGCCUCGCGGGGACGUAUCAGCCCGCGGCUGGCGCCGGCGGGUGUUUCCCGUGCGCAGAUUUUUUCUUCUCCGCGAAGGAUGGCGCCACGGCGUGCGCGGCGUGUCCCGCUAAUCAUCUAUCGGGUCCCACCGCGUGGGCGUUCGAGACCCCGCGCAUGCGCUCCGACGGUCGACUGUCGGACCUCGUGGGAGGCGCGGUGAACCGCAGCGGUUGCAUCGAGAAUGUGACCACGUGGAUGUUCAUCCCGGACCCGCCCGUGGUGUUCCAGAGGGUACUCACCAUGCAGGACGCGUACAUCGUCGCCGCGACUUUCAUCGUCACGUUCGUCUUCUUAUACCGCGUCGGCGCCACGCAUUGGAAGAAUCAGCAGCUACUUCUGAAGUACGCGGGCGGUGACACGUUCUACGAGACGAUGCUCCCCGAGGACGAGGACGCGGACAGGCGGGGUAUGGACCCGAGGAUGGAGAAGCACGACGUGUUGCAGAUAUCCGAGGCGAUCAAGGUGGGUAACCUGGAAGAUGCUGAGAUGGUCAUCGAGCGGAUACUGGAGAGAGACCCGGACCAGCCGGAGACGUUGCACGCGCAGGCGGUGGUGCACCUGAUAUACCGCGAGAUGGACAAAGCGAAGCCGCUGGUGGAGAGGGCGAUUAAGCGCAACGCAAAGCCCCAGUUCAUGGUCACGUUGGGACUCGUCAAUGCACGUUCGCCUUGGGAGACUGAAGAGCAGAGACUGGAUAACCUGCGAAGGGCGACGCAAGACUUUGAGCUGGCUACGAGAAAGGAUCCGACCUUGGCUGUCGCGCACAUGAACCUCGGCGUCGUGCGCAUGGCGCUUAACGACCUGGAGUUGGCCAAGGUCUCGCUGAAGGUGGCGCUCGACAAGGAGCCAGAGUACUACAAGGCGUUGUAUAACAUCGCGCUGGUUCACGCGAGGAUGGGCAAACGAUCAGAGGCGAAGCGAUACCUGAAGGAGAGUAUCAAAGUGAAACACCGAGCGCUGGAUGCACAGUUCAACCUCGGGAUGUUGUUCCUGCGUGAAGGUGAUGUGGAUGAGGCUGAGCAGUGCUUCAUGAAGUGUCUCGUCAUCAACACUCGACACUCCCCCUCACUUUGCAAGAUGGGCAACGUCCAGAUGCUUCGCGGCAAGCCGAAGCGCGCGGUGGAGAAGUACCUGCUGGCGCUGGAGAGCGACCCGGACAACGUCGAGGCCAUCUCCAACAUCGGCGUCGUGGAGUGGGCCAAGAGGCACGCCGUGGAGGCCGAGCAGCAUUUCCUCCUCGCGCUGAAGUUCAAACCCGACUACUACCCGGCGUUAUUCAACAUCGGCCUGCUCUGCAUGGAGCAAGGUCGGGUCCAGGAGGCGGCCAACUGGUACCGCAAGGCUGUCGCAAGGAAGCCUUCGUCGGCGGAGGCACUGUUCCAAUUCGGCACUGCGCUGCACAAGCUCGGGGAGCUUCAGGGCGAGACGCCAAGGCGCGAGGAAAAGAGCGCUCAGCAGAUCGCCAUCGAGGAAGAAGAGAAGAAGCGUGCGGAGGACGAACGCGAGGCGAAGAAGGCGGCCGAGCACGCCGAGGAGCUCGGAAAUCUAACGAAGGAGGAUUACCGUGCGCAUGACCUGCCAAACGAGCCCGUGCAUCAUCCCUCACCGCCGUGGGAGACGGUGGAUCGUGUCGCCGAGGUGGAGACGGAGGAGACACAGAAGCAGAGCAUGAAGGCGAUGGCGAUCGCGGCGAUGACUGCCGAGAAGCUCAAGGGCGUCGGCAGUUCAUACGCGGCGUAUUUGAGUAUGCGCGCGGCCCACGGUGCGGACGUGGGCGAGAGUGGCGACGACACCGCGUCGGAGGCUUCGCCCGGUCCCUCUUCGCGGGGUUUGUCUCGCGCGGCGAGCCAGGAGCGUCAUCUGGCCAAGGCGAUCGAGGACAAGGACGCGGCGCUGUCCAGCAAAGCCGCGCAGGCCCUCGCCGGUAUAGCCACUCCGGCGAGCCGCGUCAUCGGUCCCGCGCCCGGCGCGAAGCGGGCAAAAUCCCCCUCCAACACCAGCUCCAAGGCUGGAAUGACGCUCUUCCGCAAGAGCGCCAUGUUGGUGCGCAACGUCGCGCGCAUGGACGUCAAGGUGAGGGAGGCUCGCGCGGUGACCCUCGAAUUGCUCAUAGAGAUGUCCGGCGACGAGUUCAAGGGCGGGAACACGCAGGAGUACUUCAUCAGCGAGAUGGCCACCGAGCUAGACAUCCACCAGGAGCGCGUGCGCAUCGCCGGCUUUGACCAUAAGUCAUCCGCAGUGACGCUGACGAUCGACGACAAACCGGGAGACACGCCGCUGGACAUGGUGGUAUCCACCCUGCAGAUGAAGCUGGACUCCGACACCCUGCUCGUGGACCCGAGCUUUGGGAACCUCAUCCUAACCAAGGUGGACUGGCCCGAGGGAUGGGGCGAGGGCAAGGACAAGAACAGCGGCGUCGCCGGCACGGACGCCCGGGCUCCGAGGGCGGGAUGGGAGACGCCGAGGUCGAGACGAGGUUCGAUCGCGUCCAUCUCGGAGGGUGGCAGCGAUACCACCGAGGGUGGCGAGGCUUUCCGGGGGUUAUCCGCCGGCGCGCCCCGUCGCCUGGUGCUCAUCUCCUCUCGCAUGUACUUCGCGGAUGUUCUCAUGGAGUGCGUCGAGGCUGGAGUGGAGGCGGUGUACUUCGACUGGCGAUUCUCGUCGCUCGAGAAGAUAGCCGCGGAGUGCAAGGACCGGUGCGGCGGCGAUCUUGCCACGCUUCGCUCGAUCGGCAUCAUGACCCACCACAAACCCGGCGCGAUCGGUCUGGUCAAGGGCCUGCGAACCACGCGCAGGAACCUGGUGAAACCGGAGCUGCGACAGUUCUGGGCGUCCAUGGCGCAGCUACUCACCGCGGACGGCCGCGUCGACGUGCUGUCCUACGACGCCGGUACCUGCGCGCCCACGCAGCGGCUGCUCGAGGAGCUCGGCGACCUCAUCCGCGUGCCGGUGAACACCGUCGACGCGGCGGCGGUGUCCCUCGGCGGCGACCGCGGCGUCAACGCGGCGGUCCUCGAGGACGAGGACGCCUUCGAGGCGGGUUCGCUGUACUUUAGCCGAGGGCGCUUCGCGGCGUGGGCGGCGACGGCGCCGGAUAGGUUCACCGCAGGCGCGGCCAAGUACCGCGGCAGGGCGGCGGCGAGGCUCGGCGCCGGGUCCCGCGCCGACGGCACCGUGCCCACCGAGGUGACGGUCAAGAACGCCGCGGGUUUGACCGUGGCGCAGGCUGUGGGCGUGACGUUCGAGGCUGGCGACGGUACCGCCACUGACGUGUUCCACGACUCGGACGAUGAAUCCAUCGCCGUGUUCGACGCGGACCCCGCCGUCGUCGCCGCUCGACGGGCACAAAAAGUCGCUGAGGUUCGGCGCAGGGAGGAGACCAAGCGGCAGCUCGCGCUCGUUCAGAACCCGGCGAACUUGCUCAGGGCUGUCACCGCGCCCGGCGCGUCGAGGACGGACGGCGGCGUGGGCUCCGCGGCGGCUAAGCGGGCGGGGCGACCCGACGCCGUCCCUUUCAUACCCGUGGAGAAGCUGGUUUUCGCGAGGGAGUCUGCGCAGGGAUACGACGCUCGCCUGGACAAGUACGCCGCCGAGCGUGCGCGACGGGCGAAGGAGGCGUCGGAGAGCGGGUUGACGCAGGCGGAGACCGCGGCGAGAGACGCCGUGGAGGAUGCGAGGCAGCGGAGGGAGGCGCUCCUGGACGACCUGUCGCUGGUCCCGCGACUUGGACUCGCGUCGCUGUCGGCGAGGGGCGCGCUCGCCGACAUUGACGAUAACGCCGGCGUCGAUUGGACCCCGCCGGUGAACGCACGCGAUGCGGCGAGGCGCGCGAGGGGCGUGCACGCGACCGACGCGGGCCAGGGCGGUCCCAGCCACUCGAGACCUCCCACGCUCGACAGAGAGGGCGACGCCGCAAAGGAGGAAACGGAGGUGAUGGCGCGGGCGGCGAGGUGGAGGGAGGACGGCGCGGAAAACGACGCGCCGCCGGAGGCGGACGCGGUGUCGCACUUGGCCCCCGGCGACCCGCGCGCGGUGCCCAGCAAGCCCAUGUGGGCGCUCGACGAGAACAUCAACAAGCUGCGAAGGUUUGAAUCGACGGGUUUGGGUAACUGGUGA